AGUUACAGGGCUGCGCCAUGGGUGCCAACAUGGCACCUGCCUACGCAAAUAUCUUCAUGGAUAACUUUGAAAAAAUGUAUAUUUUUUCAAAUGGGGACUAUAGUCAGUAUAUACAUCACUAUAUGCGCUACGUGGAUGACACGUUCUUUAUCUGGACUGGCUCGGUGGACAAAUUUCAUGAAUUUGUUAAUUAUCUUAAUACUGUACAUCAAACAAUUAAAUUUACAUCUGAAGUUAACCCUUUAGAGUUACAUUUUUUGGAUGUAAAUGUGCAGGUGAGUGGCUCUUCAUUUACUACCACCGUUUAUACUAAACCCACUGAUCGAAACAAUAUCCUUAAACCAUCAAGUUUCCAUCCACCCGGUCUAUUUAAAGGUCUGCCACGUAGCCAAUUUAUGCGGGUUAAACGUAUCACGUCCACUGCUGAGCUAUAUAAUCUUGAGUCAACUAAGAUGGUAGAUAAAUUCGAUGCGAGGGGUUACGACAGACCAACAUUGUUGGCAACACAGAAUGAGGUGGGGGAUAUACCUAGGGUGACUGCUUUAACGAAAAAACCUCUAAUAACAGCUAGUAAAAUACAGAGAAUCCCUUUUGUUACUUCUUAUGAUACCAAUUCUUGGUUUUUUCGUAAGGUGAUACUUAGACACUGGAAGGUUUUGAGUACAGACCAGAAGUAUGGUCAUUUGUUUAAAUCUCCCCCCAUUUUCUCUUAUAGGAGAGGGAGGAAUGUUGGUGAAUUGAUAAAGCGUAAGCCACCUCCUUCAAAAGGUAGUCGUAAUCUGCUUGGUUCACAGAGUAAUGGUACUUUUCCUUGUAGGAACUGCAGCCAUUGCAAUGCUAUUACCCCUGGCAGCUCUGUGACACAUCCUCAUUUGGGCACUAAGCAUGACAUUAAGGGAUUUUUUACCUGUGAUACGAAGGACGUGGUUUAUUGUCUUAAGUGCCCGUGCGGACUGACCUAUAUUGGUCAGACAAGUCGGGCUAUUAAAUUGCGACUUAAUGAACACAAGUCUAAUAUUCGUAAUUAUCGGCCGGCUCCGCUUCUUCCACAAACCUCUUUAAAAAGUCUUAAAAAUUCUGAUGUCAGGACUGAAAGAAUAAAACCUGAGACCUUAUUGGCAAAACAUUUCUUCAUGCAGGGACAUCAAGUAUCCCAGCUGAGAUGGCAAGUUCUAGAAAAAGUAAUUUUUAAACCUGGUUUGGAUAAAAAGAAAUGUUUGUUACAGAGGGAAUGCUAUUGGAUUUGGCUUCUCGAAUCCCGGCACCCUAAAGGUCUUAAUGAAGAAUAUAGUAUGGCCUGUUUUUUGUAAUUAUUUCGCCUUCUUCCUCCACUCUAGAUGAACAGCUUUGCCUUGGAUGAACUCAGGGAUAGAUUUUUCUCUGCACAUAAGACACUGUGUUAGGACAGAAGAUUUUAUUAUGGACAUUUAUUCACUUAUGAACAUUUUAUUCACCGAAGAAAAUGCUUUCACCAUUUCUUGCCAAGGAUGUUUUGGCUUUUUUAUCAGCACUUGCACUUUAUUGACCUUUGAAUUUUUAAUGUAGUAAUUUAUUCAUUGCUUGGGUCCACACCCAUUUGGAAUCACGUGACCCUUUUCACCUAUAAAUUUUUAGUGCACUAUGUGUUUGUUAUGCUUGACAAAGGGGGUAACCCCGAAACGUUGCAUGCUGCAAUAAAUACCUAGCAAGGUUUUUCCUGCUUGAAAUAUCCUGUGUGCCAGUGAAGUUUUUUGUUCCAGUAUACUAGGGAGGUGGCCGAUUCCUCCUGUUUGCUGUGCACCAGGUGUUCUCUAUCUGAUUGAUUAGGGUGUGCGAGUGUUUCUUGA